AGAGAGACAGACAGAAAGAUGGACAGACAAGAGUGGAGGGAGAAGAGGAGACAUUCUGUGACAGAAAGCUCGUAUAGGAGGUUGUGUAAUGCUGCUGUGGACUUUAUCCUGCAUGCUCCUGGCUGCCCAGGAAUCAGUGUCUGAGGAGGCUCCAUGUUAUCAGAGCUUUAAUGCGCAGCACGGGAGCUGUGAAGUCCUUCUGGGAGGAGCUGAGGUGAAUGACUGCUGUCUGAACCCUCACUAUGCCUAUAAAGAUGAGGAUGGAGUCUGUCAAUCCUGUCGGCCUGCCAGCUGGACAGACUGGAGCCCAUGGGGGCCCUGCACCCGUUCCUGUCUGGAGGGGGUCCAGCAGCGCCGGCGUUUUUGCUACGGCAGGGGUGACUGCAAGGACCCCCACAAGCUGGGGAGCCUGCAGACAAGGCCCUGCGAGGACAGCAGCUGCUGCCCUGAGCAGGGAGGAUGGGCAGAGUGGGGGCAGUGGCAGCCAUGCUCAGUGAACUGUGGGACUGGGCAGAAGCUGAGGGAGAGAACUUGCUCCUCGCCGCCCCCUGUCUGCAGGGGGGGGUGCAGCGGUCCAAACACAGAGUACGCUUCCUGCGACACCGGAAAGGCCUGCGCAGUCCAUGGUGGUUGGUCAAACUGGGGCAACUGGGGUCCGUGUGACGAAAACUGCAGAAAUGAGGGGGCCUCUCCACCACGACGUCACAGCGUUCGCUCCUGUACCAACCCCGCCCCCUCCCUCCUCCCCCCUGGCCUGCCGUGCGCUGGGCCAGAAGAGCGGGCGGAGCACUGCCACAGCCUGCCCUACUGUGCCGUGCAUGGAGGCUGGGGGCAAUGGAGUGCGUAUUCUGAGUGCCCAGUGACCUGCGGCAUUGGGCAGACAGUAAGGAGACGGGAAUGUAACAAUCCUGCACCCAAACACGGUGGAAAAACCUGCCCGGGACUCCCCACCUCCACCCAGAUAUGCAACCAAAAAAAUCCCUGUCCAGUGAAUGGUGAGUGGGCAGAGUGGGGAGAGUGGGGUCGGUGUAAGAGGCACAAUAAGAACAUCAAUUGCGUCACAUACUCGGCAGGCAGACAGUGGAGAGAGCGCACCUGCGAGCACAAGAGCUCGGAUGGCGCUCACUGUCAGCCAGGGCUGAGCAGUGAGAGCAGGCCCUGCUACGACAUUCAAGGAUGCCGGCGCGUGGGUAACUGGAGUGAAUGGGGCAACUGGGGUCUCUGUCAGCCCAACUGUGGACCCCAAGCCCAGAAGACCAGGAAAAAAGUGUGUGAAUUGGACUUCUCAGACUACACGACAAAAGUGGUCAAGAAUGAGACCAUCCAUUUUGCAGGAAAAGCCCGGGAAUUAUGUGUGAGGAUGAAGCCAGAGGAAGUGACCAUGAGUGCACCCUGCCUCAAUGUUCCCCCCUGCACCUAAUCAUCAACAUUCCCCCUGUACCCAACCCCAACAUUUUAUUUCCACAUUGGCUAUCCUCUAGUUUCUAUAGUUAUGUCAUGACACUGAUGAUUAUUAUUUUGUACUGCUAUCUCGCUAGCUAGCAAUAUAUCAAUAUAUCAAUAUAUAGCAAUAUAUAGCUAUAUAUAGCAAUAUAUGGCCACCAAGAUCUUUCCCUCUCUCACUAAUUUUGGUAGAGUAGACUAUUUGCCAUAGCCUAGGUUUUUAGCUGCUUCUCUAUUGCAAUGAGUGAAGCCAGGCAGAACAAUUAUUCAUGAAAUAGGAUGAAAUUGGUUUAAAAAAAUAGAAAGCGCAGAACUCGGAUGUUGAAGGAUUCAUAGGAAAUGGGAAAAUUAGUCUGUGCAGAAAUUUAGUCUUGUGCAGUUGUCUUCACAGCUUUAAUGCGCAGUUGAGGCAUCUUUUGAGUCAUUUCUGACUUUGUAUAUGUACUCUCCUGAUAAAAAGAAAUACAUUAAAAGUCCAGAGAUCAAAUCAGCAUAAUUCAGUUUGAACACACAUACAAAUACACAAACACACACACGCAGACACAGAGCCAACAUAAGGUAUGAAAUGCAUGGAUUUUUUUGCUGAAUUAUACAUGGUAAAAAUGUUGUAUGUAAACAACUGAUUUGUAUUCCAUUCAUCUGAAAUUUUAACUAUGCAUUACUUUGCUGUUAAAAGUCAGUUUAUUUGGCACCACAUUAGUAAAACUAUUAGUUUUACAAUUAUUGAUAUUAUAUAAACAUUUGCGUUUCCUCUGACACAACCAGACAUUAAAUAUGCUCUUCAUAUAAAUAAUCUGAUUGAAUUUGUAUCUAAGGUGCAACUGCUGUUUUUGCAAUGUUCCUCAAAUGACCAUUAUUUUUUCAUAUUUGAAUAAAUGAGAUUAUUGACAAUAAAUCUAAUAUCAUUUGCAAACCAUUACAAA